AUGAAGUCUUCUUGCAGUACAAGAUUCGCGUUCUUGAUUCUCUUUCUCUUUGCGGCACAAUCUGUGGGUGUCUAUGCCGGUAGCUUCCACAAAGACGUUCAGGUACAUUGGGGUGAUGGCCGUGGAAAGAUACUCGACAGUGUCGGGAAUCUUCUUUCUCUCUCGCUCGACAAAUUCUCAGGAUCCGGUUUCCAGUCCAAUCAGGAGUUACUCUUUGGAAAAGUUGAGGUUCAAAUGAAACUUAUCCCUGGUAACUCUGCUGGAACGGUCACAACAUUCUAUCUUAAAUCUCCGGGAACUACUUGGGAUGAGAUCGAUUUCGAGUUCUUGGGAAACAUAAGUGGUCAUCCGUAUACUCUCCACACCAAUGUAUACAACAAAGGCAAUGGAGACAAAGAACAACAAUUUCAUCUAUGGUUUGACCCAACCGCUGACUUUCACACUUAUUCCAUCACAUGGAACCCCCAAAGGAUUAUAUUUACGGUCGAUGGAAUUCCGAUUAGAGAGUUCAUGAACUCCCAGCCAACUGGAGUCUCGUUCCUACAUCAGCAACCAAUGAGAGUCUACGCGAGCCUUUGGGAAGCCGAGCAUUGGGCAACAAGAGGAGGAUUAGAGAAAACAGAUUGGUCAAAAGCUCCUUUCACCGCUUUCUACAGAAACUACAAUGUGGACGGAUGUGUAUGGGCUAAUGGAAAAUCAACUUGCUCCGCGAAUUCCCCAUGGUUCACACAAGUACUUGAUAACAAAGGCAAGAACAGAGUGAAAUGGGCACAGAGAAACCACAUGGUCUACAACUAUUGCGCCGAUAAGAAAAGGUUUCCUCAAGGUGCUCCUCAAGAGUGCGGUUAA